AUGGACACCCAUCAGGGCGUCUAUGACGACGAGGGCGCCCCUCCGCCCAUCUAUCGCGACAAUGAUCACGCCAGUCUGCGCUCCAACGAGUCGGCCGAGCUCAUUGCCGCCUCCGAGGCCUCUGCUCAGGAGUACUACAGCCCACCACACCAGUCUUAUACGACCAAAUACUUACCCCCACAACUGCAACGCGCAUGGCACAGUACUGUCGUUUGGGUCGAGGGCCCACAGCCGCCGCGACCCUGGAAGAUCCGUCCAUUCUUUCCAAAUGUCCAAGCUGCGCCCAUUCGCCUCUUGAACAACUACUUCCCAAAGAGGAAACAGAAGAUUGCCCUGCUCGUCUUCUUCUACUUUUGCUGGAUCCUGACUUUUGGCCUUGUUCUGCAUCGUAGCGCCUUUGCAGCAGACAUACCAGGCUACGGCAGCCCAGUGCGCGUGCGAUGCACAGAUCGCUUUUGGAGCGACGGCAAUGGCUGCGGCCUCAAUGGUGAUCUGUGCCGGCCCUUUGAGAACAGCACCAUGCCUUUUCGCUGCCCCGCAAACUGCAAGCGCGUGCAGUUGAUCUAUCCCCAUGCAGUUGGAGACCAGUUGGUGAAUUACCGUCCACUCGUCGUAGGCGGGCCUACAGACGACGAGGGAUCGCUCGAAAACACUUAUUACCGUGCCGACUCGUUCAUUUGCGCUGCCGCCAUCCAUGCUGGCUUCAUCAACGACGCUUCAGGUGGAUGCGGUGUCGUUGCUCAGAUUGGCGAAAAGACGGAUUAUCCCAGCGUUGACCGCAAGCACAUCAAGGGCACUGGCUUCGAUUCCUACUUUCCACGCUCCUUUUCCUUCCUCUCCGGAACUGCAACAAAGUGCCGCGACCUGCGAUGGCCCCUGCUCGGUGUUUCCCUGACAUUCACUAUUCUCUUGUCACUCUUUACCACAUCACCACCCGUAUUUUUCACUUCAAUAUUCCUAGGCGUCUUCGUCCACGUUGCGCUUGCUUCAGACCCACCGAAUCUGACAGACUACUAUGCCAUUGUCAGUAUAAUGCUCGCGCGCCUGCUCCCGGCAUGCUUUUGUAUGUAUGCCGUCUACCGAUUCGCCGUACGUCGCCAGCUCGAGGGCCUGGACGCGCACAUAGAGAAGACGCUUCUCUGGCUAGGAGGAUGCUGGAUAGGCGCUCUGAACAACUAUACCUUUGACAAGAUCCCCAUCGAGCGACUCACGCCGCACGAGAUCCAGAACCAGCCCGGCGCCAUCCCCGCUCUUAUCAUCAUUGUUCUUACCCUAUUCUUUAUUGCUCUUGGCCAGGCCUGGGCUUUUAGGGUUGAGGGUCGUCUUCCUCGCUACCUUGCCAUUUACGGCAUCUUGGUCGCAGGCAUACUUACACUUGUCGCGAUACCCAAGAUGAACGUUAGGAUUCAUCAUUACAUCCUUGGCCUUCUUCUUGUUGCGGGCACGUCUAUGCAGACCCGGCCCUCCCUUCUCUACCAAGGUAUCCUUAUUGGUCUGUUCAUUAAUGGCGUUGCGCGCUGGGGCUUUGCUAGCAUCUUGGAAACACCCAGCGCUCUUCGUGGUGAUGCGCCCAGCGGUACCCCUCUCCCUAUUAUUACAGCCCCCGUCAUUCACAAUAAUGUGGAUGUAGCUCAUAUUAAGCCCAACAUAACUUUUGACUGGCAGUAUCCAUUCCCGGCGCCCUAUGAAGGCAUGAGCGUCUUGGUUAAUGAUGUGGAAAGAUACCACGACUUUACAGACAGGAUGGAUGAUAGCUGGACCUGGACUCGGCACAUGGAAGGUGUAAAUGAGUACUUUCGCUUUGCAUACUUGAGCGGUGGUCGACGAGGUGACUAUACAAAGGCUGGGGUUUGGCGAGCAGAUGGUGGGUGGACAGAGAUGGAGCCAGGGCCAUCAUAA